GCUCGUUUCAGUGGCUUAGAAAUUAGAAUAAUGAGUUCGAUUCAGAGACGUGGAUAUUUUACAAAAACAGCGUACUUUUUCCUUGGACAGGAACGAAAGAUUAGUCGCCAAAUUCCCCACUCACUCCACAUAGUUUGGCCAUGGCGGCUGCUGUUUCCGGUGAUCGUAGCGGCAGAGCAAUUACUAAUCCUCUUCUGGAACGGGAGGAAGAAGAUGGUUACCAUGAGAACUGCCCAGGUUGUCGAGUGGAUCGAAUGAAACGGCAGCAGACGAAAACUAACUACCUUCACUUGUCCUACAUCUGGACCGUUUCUCUUUGCACUGCUCUGCCAAUACAGUCGCUCUUUCCAUUCAUAUACUUCAUGAUAAAGGACUUCCACAUUGCUGAGAAAGAGGAAGACAUUGGUUACUAUGCUGGAUUUGUUGGAUCUUCAUUUAUGAUUGGAAGAGCGCUGACAUCGUUUCUUUGGGGGCGGGUAGCUGAUCGAUAUGGUAGAAAACCUGUUAUCUUAAUAGGAACACUUUCGGUGGUUAUAUUCAGUUCUCUCUUUGGCCUCAGCACAAGCUUUUGGAUGGCUAUUUCGAUGAGGUUCCUUCUUGGUUGCUUCAAUAGUCUACUUGGCAUAAUUAGGGCUUAUGCUACUGAAGUGUGCAAAGAUGAGCAUAAAGCUCUGGCACUAUCUAUUGUCAGCACAUCCAGGGGAGUAGGAAUGAUUAUUGGCCCUGCUAUUGGAGGUUUCUUUGCUCAGCCUGCUGACAAAUAUCCAAGUCUAUUUCCCCAGAACUCUAUCUUCAGGAGGUUUCCAUACUUCUUACCAUGCUUUAUAAUAUCAAUUUAUUCACUGGGAGUAUUCAUAGCUUGUUGGUGGAUCCCUGAGACAUUGCACAUACAUGGCAAAAAACUGAAUGAAAGAUGUGAUUCACGAAACAUCACGAGAGAAGACUCUGCCGAAGAGUCUACUGUGAAGAGUGAUAUUGAAGAAGCGAGUAACAUCAGAAAGCCCCGGAAAGCAAAUCUGCUGCGAAAUUGGCCCUUAAUGUCCACCAUCAUCGUGUACUGUGUUUUCUCACUUCAGGAGAUAGCUUACUCUGAAGUAAGUCAUGGCAGUGCAUUGAAUCAAUAUGAUCAAGCAGCAGUUCCUAUUCUUUGUAGUUGAAUUUCAGAUUCUGCAUCUGUAAUUCUGUAUGCAGAUAUUUGCACUCUGGGCAGUUAGUGACAAGAGCUAUGGAGGAUUGAGCUUUUCAUCACAAGAUGUUGGUGAAGUUCUGACCAUUUCUGGUGCGUUUUACCAUCGCAUGGUAGGUUUCAAACACCCUUUGCACAUUCAUGUUAAUGAGAUUUUUGAGUUGACCUCAUCGAAUAACCUUGCUUGUGCUCUCAGGACUUGGUCUUUUGAUGUUCCAGCUUCUUUUAUACCCGCCGAUGGAAAGGAAGCUCGGCCCUCUUAUGGUCACGCGCCUGUCAGCAGCAGUAUCAAUACCUUUGCUAGCAUGCUUUCCGUUUAUAGCAAUGCUAUCUGGAUUAGUCCUUCACCUUGUAGUAAACCUUGCUUCCAUCCUCAGGAACACACUUUCUGUGUCUCUCGUUACUGGAUUGUUCAUAUUGCAGAACGAUGCUGUGGCGCAGAGUGAGAGGGCAGCUGCCAACGGGAUUUCCCUCACUGCAAUGUCUGUUUUCAAAGCAUUUGGUCCUGCAGGUGGAGGUGCCCUGUAAGUCAAGAAAUUGUUCGGAUUACUUGUAACAUGAAGGAACUAUAUAACAUCAAUACCAAAUGCAUUUUCCAUUAUGGCACCAUCGUUAGAAUGAUCAAGUAAUAAUUGAGCUGAUGAUGAAUUCAGCAUUAGCAACUAAACACCUUCCUCCUGUUGCAAAUAUGCAGCUUUUCCUGGGCACAAAAGCGACAAGUUGCCGCCUUUCUUCCAGGUAUAUACCGAUAAUCAACUUCUCAGACCGUUAUGUUUGCGAUCCUCCUAUUUGACAAGCUGUAAUCUUCAUUCUUCACUGCAGGGGAUCAAAUGGUGUUCUUCGUCUUGAACUUGGUCCAAGGCAUCGGGUUGAUCCUCACUUUCAAGCCAUUUCUAGCACAACCUAACCUGCCUUCUGUUGCAAGUAACUGAUCCUAUCGUAUCAUGGAAAUGAGUUAGAAAUGGAAGUGCCAAGUUCUUAGUUGGAUCGGUAGCAAUUGGCCUUUCUUGAAGCCUAAGCUUGCCUAAUUCCCAGAUACAUUGGCAUUUUAGCCAUUGGCAAGCUGGGUCAGCUUUCUCUUCUGAAUCAGCGGCCGCUGGUUUUCCUUUCAUCUCUGUUGGUUUAUACACCAGCCUUCGCAUUUAAGAGAAGGUAUAAUUCGUCUGAUUACUGGCAGAACAAGAUUCAGUCCCCCACCACCAUAAGGCUCCCGCCAGAAGAUACUUUUCAUAGGGCCUUGGGGAGUAGGAGGAAUCUCUGCCGCCAUUUCAUGCACGACAGCCUGCAUCAGCUCUACGUUCUGCCCAUCAAUAGCUAAUCUAUCACUUGUAAGAACAUUCACAGAAGCUUGCAGAACAUCAUAUUCAUUGUCAAAAUUUGGAGAACCAGGAACCAGCCUUCCUUCAGAAGCAAUCUUUUUUGUUUCCCUCUGCUUUUGGCUAAUCAUUUGAAUCAGUAAUGACACAGUUGCUUUUGAAAUGACAUGAUGUAUAUAAUCCUUGUACAUGGUUGAUUUCACAACACGAUCCACACAAUUAUUGAGGAAGUGGAGGGAUGGACAUUCUGCAUCAUUGCUGCUCUCAUGACAAAAGCUACUUCCACCGCACAUGCCUUGCAACUGCUUGUAACUUGGAAUUGGAGUAGCCCAACAAGAAAACCUAGGCAGGAACACCUGAAGAUGAUGGGCAUCAGACUGCCGUUCUAGUUUAGCAAAUAACGUGGGCUCUUCCCAUCCCAAAUCGCAGCACAUCAAAGCAUUCCUAGACUUAUCAGCAACCCGACUGAAGAAUACAAGUUCUGGCUUAUCUGGAUGCAGAAAAGGUUCACAACAGCGCUCAACGUCAUAUCUACGACGCAAUGAUGUCCUGUUCACCAACCCCUCACAUUCUUUCCUCCAGGAUUUACGGUCUUCUUCCAGUCUCCAGACGCUUGCACGAACAGGUAGAGUUCGAUUUUCGAGUGCAAUUACAUGCAAGGCAUCUUGUGAGUUGGAAAUAAACCAUGGCGCUUCCAUAAGGAAUGGAGAAACAUCAAUGGAAGUGGGAGGCAUAUCAAGGCAGAAAGGAUUAAACCCAGCCACCAAAUUAGGCAUGUUAUUGGCACGACUUGCACAAUACUUCAAAAACAACUCCCCGUUGCAUGAAAUUACACUUCUUGGUCCAAUUUUAUCACAACUAUCGAAGACAAAAGCCUCCUUGGACCAUUCUCCAGACUCGGAACAAAACACGUCUAGCUUAAUGGUAUUUUCUACACGGGCUUGAUAUAUACACACCACCCGGAAGCGAUGCUCCGAAUAAAUAAAAGAUUGAUCAUCUCCUAGAUCAAGCUUAAUACGAGCACGGGGUUCACAAACUAACCUUGCAGCCGGCGAGUCAUAAUACGCAUACUUCCUAGGCGCUAAAGGAAGAGCGACCCACUGCUUCGAAAACGGAUUGCAGACCAAGUAUGCCCUGCUACUCUCCUCACUCAGACGAGCUAGAUCCAGGAACCCACAUAAAACCAAGUCCUUGUUGCAAUCCAAAACUCGAAGCCUGGAUUGAACUCUACUGGGCAUGGGAGGGAGAAAGCUGCGGAUCAUCGAUAGAAGCUCGUAUGGAUCAUCCGGUAUAGGUGCGUGGUUCAGGCUCAUGGUCUGGUGGUGAGAAACGAAAAGGCGGUUGAAGCCAGGACUGGAGAUCAGGGAGCACCACGGCUUGCAGACCAGUUUACACAGGCAGGCGACUCUAGGGUUGGGGAGGCGUAUCAGAAUCUCUUGGAGAAGAUCGGAUGUGACUUUGCUGAUGGGAGGAGGAAGGUUUGCUAACUCUGAACUGAUUCGUUGUCGUUUCCCAGAACGCAGAGUCUGAUCCAAAUCCGAGAUGCAUUUCUCGAUCGCCAUGGCGUAGAGAAACAGACGGAUUGAAGGAUAAAAAAUAAGAACAAGUUAACAACGUCUGCGGCGGAGAAAGGAUUCGGUGGUAGGCGAGAGCUUGCGAUUGAGACGGAUGGUGCCCAAUUCCGUCAUAUUUAUAAGGCUAGGCG